AUGGGUGAAGAUGUGGGCGAGGAUUUCGAUAUGGCUGACUGCCUGCCCCUGCCUGGGGAAUCUGACUGGGUGUUCGAGCUGGACGAGAAUAGUGUAUAUCAGGUUUAUGAGGGCGAUUCGGCCCGGGAUUCCCGACGCCCAGUGGUCAAAAUACCUUCCUUAAGAGACUUCUACAUGGACCUUGAUGCAGUUACUGAUAUAUCGACGGACGGACCUGCGAAAAGCUUUGCUUUCAAGCGACUUUCCUACCUAGAAGGGAAAUUUCAACUGUAUACACUUCUGAACGAGUACCAAGAAAUCGCCGAUAGCAAGAAAGUGCCUCAUAGGGAUUUCUAUAAUGUUCGGAAAGUCGAUACACAUGUGCACCACUCCGCAUGCAUGAAUCAGAAGCAUCUUCUUCGUUUCAUCAAGAGCAAGAUGAAAAAGUCCCCAGAUGAGGUUGUAUUGUUCAGAGAUGGGAAACAUUUGACACUCAGGGAAGUCUUUGAAAGCAUUAAUCUCACAGCCUAUGACCUCAGUAUUGACACUCUCGACAUGCACGCACAUACCGAUUCGUUCCACCGGUUCGACAAAUUCAACCUCAAAUACAAUCCUGUUGGCGAAUCCCGCUUACGCGAAAUCUUCUUGAAGACGGACAAUUUCAUCAAAGGGCGCUAUUUAGCAGAAAUAACAAAAGAAGUGAUCUCUGAUCUGGAAUCAAGCAAGUAUCAAAUGGUGGAGUGGCGCAUCUCCAUUUACGGAAGAUCAAUCGAAGAAUGGGACAAGCUCGCUGCUUGGGUUGUGGAUAACAAAUUGUUCUCUCCCAAUGUUCGCUGGCUAAUCCAAGUCCCGCGUCUUUACGACGUCUAUAAAUCAAGUGGAAUGAUGCAAAAUUUUGAGCAGGUCAUAACGAAUGUCUUCAAGCCGCUAUUCGAAGUUACAAAGGACCCAGCUUCGCACCCUAAGCUGCAUAUCUUCCUCCAGCGGGUUGUUGGAUUCGAUAGUGUUGAUGACGAAAGUAAGGCUGAGCGACGGCUAUAUCGAAAGUAUCCCAUCCCGAGAGAGUGGAACACGAAGCAGAAUCCACCAUACAGCUACUGGAUUUACUUUAUGUUUGCCAACAUCGCGUCUCUGAAUACUUGGCGCAAGCGGCUCGGUUAUAACACAUUUGUGUUGAGGCCACACUGUGGUGAAGCGGGAGAUCCGGAUCAUCUUGCUGUCGGAUUUCUCUGCUGCCAUAGUAUUAGUCAUGGAAUACUCUUAAGGAAAGUCCCUCUGCUUCAGUAUCUCUUCUACCUCGAUCAGAUAGGGAUUGCCAUGUCACCUCUCAGUAACAACGCACUGUUUCUCACAUACGAUAAAAACCCGUGCGCCAAUUUCUUCAAAAGGGGUCUCAAUGUCUCGUUGUCUACUGAUGACCCCCUGCAGUUUGCUUUCACCAAGGAACCACUGAUUGAAGAAUACUCAGUAGCCGCGCAGAUAUAUAAAUUCAGUGCUGUCGAUAUGUGUGAGCUUGCGAAGAAUUCUGUCGAGCAAAGUGGGUUCGAACUGUCUUUGAAGAAGAGAUGGCUCGGCAGCAACUGCUCCGCACCAGGGGUCAUGGGAAACAAUGUCGCCAAGAGCAAUGUUCCUGACAUCCGGGGACAAUUUAGACAUGAAACAUUGCUUGGAGAACUUGCACUGUAG